AUGGCGAAAAAUAAUCGUCCGAUGACCGAUAUUUACAACGUUGAACGAAAUUCACUACCGAUUGAAUGUCGUUGGCUACAUCGAUUAAUUAGUCGACGAUCAUAUAAACUUACUGUACUUACAAUAGUUUGUACACUAAAUAUCGUCGAUUUACUUAUUGAUUGGUACUUUUUAUUCUCGAAAACAGCCAUUCUAAAAGGUCUUGUUUUUGGUCCACCACCGUAUGAUAUUCUAUUAGCAAUGUUGAUAUUUUGUAUAAUAUCAACAUUUACAAGUUUGCUUGAAAUAGUUCAAACCGUUCGUGAUACAUGUAGUAAUCGUUUAACAUCUUUAUUUGGUCAGAUAACCAAUUGUUUAACAAUAUGGCUCGAAGAUUUUCCAUUUUUAACUCUCAAUCUUCUUAUUGUUAUUUGUCAUGAUGGUGAAGUAACAUACGUUAGUAUAGCUAAAGCAGCUAUUGGUAUUGUAGCUGCAUUCAUAAGAUUUUUAUUUAUACUUCUUAAUAAAUGGUUGAUACGUCAUGAUUAUCGACGCAAAGAUCGUUUAUCCUACUUUUUCAAUACAAUAUCGACGGUUGGCGUUGUAUUUGUUUUAAUAUUAUCAAUAUCGAUUCAUGUAAUUGCAAGUUUACCAAUUGAUAGUUUUGGUCGUAUACAUUUAGAAAGUCCAUCGAAUUUUUCAAGGGUUGAAUUUGCACGUCAAAAAUAUUUUCGAAAUGUUGGCUUAUUCGUUCGGUCAUCGAAUGAUUUUGAUAAAUAUAUUUAUUUAACUGAUAUUGAUGAUAUCAUUAAAGAAGGUCAAAAAACAAUUAUCUAUAGUAUGAAUGAAAAGGAAAGCAUUUUUUGUGUAAAGCAAAUGAAUCAGACAUGUUUCAUUGAAUUAAAUAAUACAAAUAUUGAUCUCUAUGAUAAACCAUUAACUAACAAACUAAUUAAUUAUUCAAUAACAUUUGAAUUUCAAAAACCUGAUUCUGGUUAUUUACUUGGCGAUAUUCAUUAUAAUAUAAUGCGUUGUGAUUUAAAAGAUUUUCAUAUCGACGGAGAUAAAAUUUCCCUCCAUUAUUAUCGUUUUAAACGAAGUUUUAACCAAUCGAAAUCAUCUGUUGUAUAUACUCAAUAUAAUAAUACUUAUCACUAUUAUGAUGUCGAGAAUGAUUUUGAACCAAUAGAACAUGUAUGGCGAACUGGAUUAUCACGAUGUACAUCAACAAGUAGUUUGAAUCCACAUCGAUCCACGAAUGUUACAAUGAAUGAUUGUUAUUAA